AUGGCGCACCAGUCGCCCAUGAUAGCGAUUCCGAAGAAGACGACGGAGGACGUCGAUUGGACAGGCCCCAUACGCAAUCUCAUUGCCAAGUCUUUCGGCGAGAACCCAGAUAACUAUGCGCAGGAGUGCCAAGCGCUGCAACGCUGUCGACAAGACGCUGUCAAAGGCGCAGGCAGCGAUAUGACAGGUCGCGAUCUCCUCUACAAGUACUUUGGGCAACUCGAGAUCCUCGAGAUGCGUUUCCCAGAGAUUCGCGUCAACUUUCCGUGGCAUGACGCUUUGACGAACAAGCUGACUACGCAGACGUCUAUUGCGUAUGAGAAGGCCUCGGUUCUGUUUCAGAUCGCGGCCACGCAUUCCGCCAUUGCCGCCUCUCAGAACAGGUCCGAUCCAGAAGGGCUCAAACUCGCCUUCUACUACUUCCGAACAUGUGCAGGCAUGCUCACCUAUGUCAACGAGAACUUCUUGCAUGCCCCUUCGACUGACCUCAGCCGGGAGGUGAUCAAAUUUUUGGUAGGAGUCAUCAUGGCGCAAGCUACGGAAGUAUUUUUAGAAAAGUGCAUCAGCGAGAAGAAGGCGCCCACCCUGGUGGCCAAGAUUGCUUCCCAGUCUGCAUCCAUGUACACCUCCCUGAACGAGGAAGUAAAGGAGUUCAUGGGUAAGGGCAUAUUCGAUCGCAACUGGGUCACUCUUAUCCAGAUCAAAUCCAAACACUUUGGCUCUAUCGCACAAUACUAUCGCGGUCAAGUUGACGAUAAAGCUGGGGCUCACGGCGAGGCCCUCGUACGAUUCACCCUCGCUGAAUCUCUAGCAAAAGAAGCCAAUCGCUCUGCUGCAUCAUUCUCUGCUCUAUUUGCCCACGUAUCACCUACGCUUCCCGCAGAUGCCGGGCCUUCCAUCACCGAACGCACGAAGGUGCAGCUCCAAUUAAGCACAGACCGCAAGACAGAAGCGCAGCGUGAAAAUGAUCUCAUCUACAAUGCUGUCCUUCCAUCAGCCGACGCACUGCCCGCCAUCGAGAAAGCAGUUGUCGCCACCCCUAUCUCCAUUCAAGAGGUGUAUCGCGCGCCAGAUGUCCAGAAUGUUAUAGGCUCGGACAUCUUCAUCAAGUUGAUCCCGCUGAGUGUGCACGAGAGCGCCAGCGUGUACUCAGAGGAGAAGGCGAAGCUUGUGCGCAAAGAAGUCGAGAACGCAGAAAGCGCUGAGGUCGAGGCGCGCAGCGCACUGGAAGCGAUGGGAGUGCAGGAGGGACUUGCAAGAUUCAAGGCGAUGGCUGAGGGUAGCUUGGGUGGGGAGGAAGAGAUUCCCCUGGAUGUACGCCGGUGGAGAGAGGAUAUCAACGUCAUGGAGGACAGGGAGGGUAUCGAAACGCUCUUGCGCGAGAUGGGUCGUCUCAAAGAGGCUGUCAAAGCAGAGCUGGAUGGUUUUUCGAGGGACCUGGAUGUUGAAUCGAGAGAGUGCGAGACGAUGCGGGUCAAGUACGACCACCUGUGGACACAGGAGCCAUCUGCGUCUCUUACGAAGUCUAUCCGGCAAGACUUAAAAUCUCAUACAGGCGCCUUAGACGCGGCUGCUGUGUCAGACCAACAGGUAUCGACACUCUGGGAAUCAGUCAAAUCUGACAUUCGACUACUGCUAUCACCUGGCGUCGAGGAUGUCUUCCGCGCUAGUGCCCAGCGUGAUGCCCCUUCAGAAAGCCUGCUUGAUCUUGACAUCGGUACCGAGGCGCACGAUGAGAAGGAGCGAGCCAAAAUCGGCAAGUACACUAAAGAAAUUGAUGAGCGUUUUGGACGGUUGAAGAAAAUUGCUUAUGAGCGAGGAGAAGUACUCAAAGAGCUGAAAGACAAAAUUCAAGCUGACGACGUUUCGCACCUGUUACUUUUGAACCGCCGUAACCCUGGUGCCGAGCAGUCGCUGUUCACCGCAGAACUUGAGAAGUUCCGGCCAUACCAACAGCGCCUUGUAGCUACUGUGCACAAUCAGCAAGUCGUAUUGCAGGAAAUCCAGGGACUAUGGAAGAGCUUACGAGACCUUGCUGGGCGUGGACCUGGUGCAAAGAAGUGGGAUGAACGCGAGCGGCGGAAGAAGGACACUGUACGUAGGUUUUCGAAUGCGAGAGACGGGUAUAUGGAGGUCAGGGAUGGGUUGACGAAAGGACUGCAGUUCUACCAACAACUCACUGAACUGAGUGCGACGCUCGCCCUGAGUGUUAAGUCCUUUAUCACCGACCGUCGUUCGGAACGUGACAGACUUGUUGGGCAAGCGGACCUCCAGCAGCGGCUUGCGGUACCACCUACGCCCGCUGAGAAACCUCCCGUGCCACCACCACCGCGUUCUCUCCCAUCUCUGAACUCAUCCUUCGCAUCCAUGAAUCUGCAAGGAAGUAAGAAUCCGGUAUCUCCCCCACCGAAACCGCCACAGGCGUCAUACUCCUCCGCAUUCCCGCCACCUCCACACCAGUCAACCAAGGCACAGUUGAAUUUUCCACCUCCACCACCACAACCCGCACGCCCAACAUAUACAAAUUCAAUAUCGCCAACUCCGCCACCCGACCCAUAUGCAAGUCUGGGAGCAUUCGGAUCUCAGUUUUCUCCACCCCGCGCGCGCCUUCCAGUUCCACCUUCUGCUCCGCACACGCAGUCUUCCUUUUCCUUACCGCCACCACCUACACAGCGACCCCAGUACGCUGCGAAUCCACAGACAUACGGCCAGCAAGCUCCGCCACAGUCACCGUCACGGGGGCCUUAUCCAGCACAGACACAGCCGACCCGGCAGGGGUCACAGUACCAGACCAUGCCUCCGCCUCCGCCACCUUCACAAGGGAAUAAUACUCAACAAUAUUACCAAGGGUAUGGAAGAUGA